GAAAUGCAGUUCUGCAUCAACACCAAUGGAAGUGAUGGCUCCAAUCACGACGACAUCUGCCGAUUUGGCCAGCCAGCAAUCAAGCAUAUAAAGAUUCAGCUCUCGCGCAGUGGUUGAGAUGUUCUCCUUCCCUCAAUCCAUGGUGGUGAAAACCGUCUCAGCCAGCCGAUCUCGCAAUGCCGUCCGUCUGAUCAUUCCCGACUGCCUGCACUGCCCUAUGUAAAUGCCCUAUCUUGUGAGAGGCCUGACUCCACUGAGCCCACUGAAGCCGGUACGCUGAUGUGGGCUGGUGGGUUAGUCUCCCGACUUUCCGCUUCCCGUCCACAGCUUUUUCUUCGGCAGUCAGCUUCAUCGCCAGAACGGCCUCCACUUGCCCAGACAUGACAUCACGAGCCGCCGAAGGGGUUUGAUGGGGCCCUCCAGAGCUGGGGGUUAUCAUUCCCCCGGAAAACCUUCCCCCAUGCCCACGACCCCGGCAGCGUCCAGCAAAACACCAUCGCCUCCUACCCCGCACAGCGGCAAUGCCAAUCUCGGUGUCCAUCUCACCACCGACACCCCCGGCGCUCGCCUCAGGACCCUCCCAAUCUGGAUGAUCGCACCCCGAGAUCCUUCAACAUGAGCCUCUUCCCGCCGGCUGGACCCAUAUUGCUCGCCAAAAUGACACGACAGGUGGAUCUGGCAUGACUGGAUGUCGGUAGGGCGCUAGGCAGCCGAGUGGUAGUAUAUAGCUAAAGAGCCGCCCUGCCUGCCGCCCUCCCUUUCAGCAGCUCCCACCCUCUUCUAUUUCGUGCCGACACCACACCAACACACAGAAAUCAACCAUGCCUCUUCCUGCUGGAGUUUACCGCGCGGACCACGUCGGGUCCUUCCUUCGCCCCAAGGCCAUCCUCGAGACCCGUGAAAAGGUCGAGAGCCAGGCCGCUACCGCCGAGGACCUGCGCAAGGUUGAGGACGAGCACAUUGCUACCGUCGUCCGGGAGCAGAUCGAGAACGGCCUCCAGUCCGUGACCGACGGUGAAUACCGCCGCGCGUGGUUCCACAUCGACUUCCUGCAGCAUCUGGCCGGUGUCGAGAAGCGCGGCCAUGUCACGUCUACCAACGUCACGUCGCACGGCAUGACUCCUCCCCGACUUGUUGUUGUCGGAAAGUUGGGCCACCCGAACCCCAUCCAGGUCGACGACUUCAACUACGUGAACAAGCAGGUGGAGGCGGUUAAGGCCUCCUCGGGCGCCAGCCAGACCGUCACCGCCAAGGUGUGCAUUCCCAGCCCGACCAUGGUGUACUUCCGCGGCGGCCGCGACGCCAUCGACGCCGACGCCUAUCCCACGCUCGAGCCGCUCUUCGACGACAUCGCCAAGGCCUACCAGGCCGAGCUUGACGACCUGUACGCCGCCGGCUGCCGCUUCGUUCAGCUGGACGACACCAAUCUGGCCUACCUCUGUGACGAGGGCAUGAGCAAGGAGGCCGCGCAGCGCCACGGCAAGACGCCCGCUGAGCUCACCCAGCAGUGCGUCGACAUCAUCAACGCCUCCAUCAGCAAGAGGCCCAAGGACAUGACCAUCGGCAUCCACCUGUGCCGCGGCAACUUCCGCUCGCAGUGGUUCGCCCAGGGCGGCUACGAGCCCGUGGCUGAGACUCUCUUCAAGGGCCUCAAUGUCGACGUGUACUUCCUCGAGUUCGACGACGCGCGUUCCGGCGAUUUCUCUCCGCUCCGUCACCUGCCCGAGGACAAGAUUGUGGUAUUGGGCGUCAUGUCGAGCAAGAAGGCCGAGCUGGACGACAAGGAGGCCAUGAUCGAGAGGUUGAAGGAGGCCGCGUCAUACUGCCCCAGGGGCCUGGACCAGCUGUGCUUGUCGCACCAGUGCGGUUUCAGCUCGACCAAGGAAGGAAACGACUUGACAGUGGAGGAGCAGUGGGCCAAGGUGCGCCUCGAGGUUGAAAUCGCCAAGCAGGUUUGGGGUGACGAUCUCUCGCAGUAAGCGUCAGUUCAGUUUGAAAGAGGUAAAAAAAUAUUAGAAUAUUUGGAUGCAUUGGCUACGAUCCACGCUUUUAUUUUCUCAAGAUACAUAGCAGUGAAAAAAAAACUUGCAGAUGGCAACAGACUCCAUGGGAGAGCUGAGCAAAAACCAAACCUCGAUGCUUUUUCCAUCAUCGAUUGGGACCUAUGCUCUAUCUGAUUAGAUAAGGAUGCAUCAACCAAGAUCGCCCAUAUCAUUGGUAAUUGGUGUAGCACACCACACCACACCACUCGAACACCAUCUCACUGAUUGAACGU